AUGCACAGCUUAAAAGAUUCGUCCAUAGAGUGCAUCGCAUCUUAUAUAAACCGACAGGAAAGAUUUAAUUUGGCUAUAAGUUCAAAACACCUUUAUGCCUCCAUAAAAGCCACUUUAAUUCCUGAAUACGAUAAAAAAAUCAAAUACAGUAGCUUAAGAAGCACUUUUCUUCGAGCUCUCCAAUUCAACAACAAGAAAAAAGCACGAUUAACCACUAUUCACAAAAACAAUAAAGAUUUCCUCGUAGUUUCUCACUCACCCCCCCCAUCCUUGAUCGAACGACUCGCCAUCGUUCGAUCAAGGAUGGAGGUUAAAAAAAUUUUAUAUAUAAAAUAAAAAAUAUAUAUAUAUUUUUUUUUAUUUACUUUUAAAUAAGAGGGUUUAAGGGUAUUUAAUAAUUAUUUUUUACAGCAAAAAAUUUAAUUAAUUUCAUAAAAAUACCAAUUUUUAAUAUUUUGAUUUAUUAGUUACCCCUUUAAACUGUAUAAAUUUUAAUUUGUUCCUUAUUUAAAUUAAUUUUUUUUUUUUUUAAAAUUUUAAAGAUCUCUAUUUUAUUAGAUUAUUAAUUUUUUAAGCCUAGAUUGAUGACUAAAUCACUUCGUAUAGUUGAUUUCGAAGCUUUCUGUCGUCUCAAAGUCCCUGAAAACAACUUUAUUAGGUGCAUCUUCCCAAGCUUUUGAUAACUAUCGUUAUUUGCAGAUUUUUGAACUUUACCACCUAAGUGUGGAAUUUUUUUCCGCGUGUGAAAAUGUGUUUUUCAUGUGUGGAGCCCUUUUGAUUUCACAUGUGGAAUCCUCUUUUCACAUGCGGAAAAAAUUCCACACUUAGGUGGUAAAGUUCAAAAAAUUUGCAAAUAACGAUAAUAUAUUUUUAUAUAUAUAAAAAGUUUCAUGAUAUGAAAAUCGUUCGAUCAAGGAUGGGGGUUAAUUUCCCCAAUUUUUAGGAAUUUUUUACAGUCAAUCGUUCGAUCAAGGAUGGGGGGGUGGAGUCAGCAAAUUUAUAAUUUUCCAAAAGAAUUAUUUUCAAUCCACUACACCUUUAACAGUUCUGAUGCCACCAGUGGAACGAAAACCUUCACAAAUGACUUCAACGAUGAAAUUUCUAUUGCAAAUCCUUUAAUAUCUAACGAAGAAGGCAAAGAAAUAAACCCUAUAACUUGGCUUUCAUCUUCAGAUGAAUUUAAUGCAAUUGAUUUCACAGACAAAAAUGCUCUCUUAAAACGGCAACAAGAUAUCUUACAAAAAAUUAAAAAUAAUGAGCUCAGCCAUGAGCUCAAAAUUGACGAUAAUUCUUUGAAAUUCUUAAGGAAUCAAGGAAAUAUUGUAAUAAUUCUUUGCCUUGGUGGGUCAUUUUCUAUUGCAAAUUUUGAUGAAAAUGGAAAAUGCACCUUCCAUAAAUCUGAUAAAAAAUAUGUGGUAAGAGGAAAACAAGGACAAAGGCAAAGCACUGCUGAUAAGACUAAAGGAGGAAUAAAAUCAAUAGGCUCUCAAAUAAGAAGAGCAAACGAGCAAAAGCAUAAAGAAAAUAUUAUUGAAAUUAUUGAAGAAAAUACACAGAUUUUAGAUGACGCGAGUGUAAUCUUCUUUUUUGCGCCUGGAGUUAACAGAAAUAUAUUUUUAUCAGAAGAAGGGGUUUUGCAAAGAUGGCAAAAUAAAAUUAAAUCUGUUGGCUCAUCAAUACAGAGAGCAAAAUUCGAAGAAGCCAAGAGGAUUUUUGAAGAAAUCACGACAAUAACUUUCCUUUUUAAUAUGUAA